AUGUCAGACUCCAACACAACUGCCUUCACCAACCCCUCCACCUUCAUCUUACUGGGUAUUCCUGGCCUGGAGGCGGCCCAUGUCUGGAUCUCCAUCCCCUUCUUCAGCAUGUAUGUCAUAGCUAUCUUGGGGAACUUUGCCAUCCUAUUUAUUGUGAAGAGGGAGUCCAGUCUCCAUGAGCCCAUGUACUAUUUCCUCUGCAUGCUGGCCACCACCGACCUGGUGCUAUCCACAACCACCCUGCCCAAAAUUCUGGCAAUCUUCUGGUUCAAUUCCAGGGAGAUUUAUUUCAGUGCCUGCCUCACUCAGAUGUUUUUCGUUCACUGCUUCACAGAAAUAGAGUCUGGGAUCUUUGCGGCCAUGGCGUUGGAUCGCUACGUGGCCAUCUGCCAUCCCCUGAGACAUUCCACCAUCCUGACUAACUCUCUGGUGAUGAAGAUUGGCCUGCUCAUUGUGUUGCGCAGCAGCAUUCUCGCACUGCCCUAUCCCGUCCUAGCGAGGCAGUGGCCAUAUUGCAGAACCAACAUUAUCGCCCACACUCAAUGUGAGAACUUGGGUGUGGUGAGGCUGGCCUGUGGCGAUACCCGCAUGAGCAGUUACUAUGGCCUCUUUGUGCUAUCCUGUAGAUUUGGCCUUGAUAUGUCUUUUAUCACCUUGUCCUAUAUCCAGAUCCUUAGGGCCAUCUUCGGCCUCCCCACAAAGGACGCCCGGGUAAAGACCUUUGGGACCUGCAGCUCACAUAUCUGUGUCAUAUUAACCUUUUACAUCCCAAUUCUGUUUGCCUCACUCUCUGUCCGUUUGGGCAACAAUUUGCCCCGUUAUUUCAACGUUUUCAUUGCUGACAUUUACCUCUUAGUUCCACCCAUGCUGAACCCCAUCAUCUAUGGGGUGAGGACAAAACAGAUCCGGGAAAAGCUGCUCCGAUUUUUUUUUCUAGGGCAACUAAAGUUUUCUCCUCAGCUUGUGGCUCUCAAGCAUUGCUCUGUGGGAGUUCUGGCUGGUGACAUGGAACAAUUGACUGGCCAAUCAAAGAAAGUUUAA